AUGAGCAAAGCUCACCCUCCCAAGUUAAAAAAAAUAUAUAUGGACAAGAAGUUAUCAUUGAAAUUAAGUGGUGGCAGACAUAUCCAAGGAAUAUUGCGGGGAUUUGAUCCCUUUAGGAAUCUUGUGAUAGAUGAAUGUGUGGAGAUGGCAACUGGUGGGCAACAGAACAAUAUUGGAAUGGUGGUAAUACGAGGAAAUAGUGUCAUCGUGUUAGAAGCCUUGGAAUGA